AUGGAAGCGAAUAAGAAAUUGAAGAUUCUGUGACUGCAUGGGUAUUUUAAUAAUAAAGAAAUUUUGAAGAAGCAUGUGGAGUAUUAUCAGUUUAUUUUCAUAGAUUAUGUUGAAUUUCACUACUUGAAUGGACCAAUUAAAUUGGACUCUAGUCUUGCUAAUCCAAUGCUUUUGAAAAUGUUCAAUCCUCCUUUUUACUGUUGGACUACGACAGAAAAAAUGGAUACUGCUGAAGAAGAAGAUGAAAUAAGAAGCUCCUAUAAAUAUCUUUAUGAUUAUAUUGAAGAAAAUGGUCCUUUUGAUGGUUGUAUUUCAUUUUCCCAAGGAACCUAUUUCUCCAAACUAAUAAACAACACCAACUGGACAGACCUACCAUCCCUUACACACCCAUUCCGCUUCCAAAUCCUAGCUACCCCAAAAUACCCUCCAAACUUCUUCCUCAAAGACCUCUCCCUCCAGGCCCCAUCCCUCCCCACCCUCUACAUCUUCGACCCUUCCGACCCUUUCUCACCCACUUUCCCAAUCUCCCACUCCACAAACCCCUAUUCCACCACCAUACACCACAAAGGCCAUUCUCUUCCCAAAUUCACAGUAAAAUAUUUCAAAAUCUUCUUUAAUUUCCUAAAUUCCCAGUACAAGUCAAGAUUUCAGAACGGUAAAUUGGGUGAAGGGCUUUCAGAUUUUUGAGUUGAGUUUUGGAGUGAUUGAGGUGUAGGGGAAAUGGUGCUGGAUUUUGAAGUUACAGAAGAGUUUUGGAGAAAUUUAGAGAGAUGAAGGGGUAUGAUAAGUAAAGUUUAGAGAAGGAUUG